CAAAAGUGCCAUGAGUCUUCUCCAUAAGCGUUUUGUAAGAUAGGUUUAUAUAUAAUUUUUUUAAUUAGUUGUUGCGACAAUGGGUAUAUUAGAGAAAAUAUCAGAAAUCGAGAGAGAAAUCUCGAGGACCCAAAAGAAUAAAGCAACUGAGUACCAUUUGGGAUUGUUGAAAGCCAAACUAGCUAAGUACAGGUCUCAGCUACUGGAGCCUUCAAAGAAAUCUGAGAAGGGUGAGGGUUUUGAUGUGUUAAAGAGUGGCGAUGCUAGAGUUGCCUUGAUAGGUUUUGCUAAUAUUCAAUUGUUAGAUUUGCCUGGUAUCAUUGAAGGAGCUUCCCAAGGAAAAGGAAGAGGUAGACAAGUAAUUGCUGUGGCUAGAACUGCUGAUUUGGUUGUAAUGAUGUUGGAUGCAACAAAGCAGGAUGUGCAGAGGCACCUUUUGGAGAAGGAAUUAGAAAGUGUUGGAAUUCGUUUGAACAAACAGAAACCAAACAUUUACUUUAAGAUUAAGAAGGGCGGUGGCUUGUCGUUCAAUUCGACGUGCCCGUUGACUAAGGUUGACGAGAAGCUGGUGCAGAUGAUCUUGCACGAAUACAAGAUCUUCAAUGCGGAAGUGCUAUUCCGGGAGGAUUGCAAUGCAGACGAACUGAUCGACGUGAUCUGCGCGAACCGGGUGUAUCUGCCCUGUCUGUACGUUUACAAUAAGAUCGAUCAGAUCUCCAUCGAAGAGGUGGAUCGAAUCGCGAAGCAGCCGAACAGCAUCGUCGUCAGUUGCAACAUGAAACUCAAUUUGGACUACCUCCUUGAGACCCUUUGGGAGUACCUCGCUUUAAUCCGUGUGUACACCAAGAAGCCGGGUCAACCGCCAGACUUCUCCGACGGUCUUAUCCUGAGGCGCGGCGUGUCCGUCGAGCACGUCUGCCACGCGAUUCACAGGACUCUCGCAGAGGACUUCAAGUACGGCCUGGUUUGGGGUACGAGUACCAAGUAUUCGCCGCAGCGCGUCGGUGCCAGCCACAUCAUGGCCGACGAAGAUGUCAUCCAGGUCGUCAAGAAGUGAAAAGUAUGUUUUUCUAUGCAAGUAAACACCAAGCACGCAUCCAGGCAAAGAAGUGCGCUCGUUUUUCUUUUAUGAAUUAUUCAUUAUUUUUUAUCUUAAAUUAAAUAAAAACUAAUUUAAUUGCUAAAACUCAAUUUUAGUAAUUUUUAACAAAAAAAAAGUACCGCAUUCGAUUUAUUCCAUUUAAUCCAUUUCUUAAUUACAGUGGAACCUCGCAUAACGAGCAUUUCGCUUAACGAGUAAAGUAAACUGUAAGAAAAAUGACUCGCUUAACGUGCUAUGUUUCGCAUAACAAGUGAGGAGGAGCAGAUAAGUCCCGGAUUGCGCGCUUGCUACAUCAUU